AUGGGGCGACGGAAGCCCGAUUCCGGGUGCACACGGCCGGCAGCUUUCGGGGCCAUCUCGGCCCUGGUGCUGCUCGUUCUGCUGCAAUCCAGCCGCGAGGCAGACUUCCUGCAGCAUCUGGAGCCGAUCGCCGUCGCGGAAACAAGCCCGAAGAGUGGACCGACAGAGCCACAGUCUUCCCCGCCAUUGCCUUCGCCGCCACCACAAAGACUGACUGGCGAAGCAGCGCCGGCACCCAAACCUGGUAGUCAGUUGUUGCCACCUCCAAAGAUCGAGGCGGCAAAUGAGGCAUCCACUUCAGGACGAACCGACGAAGAACGCCGGGUCUUGGAAGUGGUGCGGAAGCGGGCUGGCUUAUACGCUGACAAGGGGGCGCACCCCGAAUUCGCCAAUGUGGUGCUGCUUACCGCAGCCAACUAUGCAUACUUCGCCAUCUACCAGAACUGGCGAUGCAACGCGGAGAGACAUGGAUUGGAUUGGGCAGUUGUUGCCAACGACGAGGAGGCCUUUCAACAACUUGGCGCGGACAGAGCCCUGCUCGCGAUCGGCGAGAAGGUAAGUGGCAUGAACGGGUGGGGAAGUGCAAAGUUAGACAGCGUGGGCCGGAACAAGAUGUUCAUGGUGCUCACGAUUAUGAGAAUUUCAGGUUUAGGAGUAGUGUUCACCGAUGCAGACAAUAUGUUUCGUGGUGAUCCCUUUGCAACGGGUGUGCAUUUGGGAGAUCUGAUCCGCUCUGAGAAAUACGACUACGUCUACCAGGAGGAGCUUGCCAAGGCACCCGACAAGGGCCACAUCGUACCUGGAGAUGGGGGCAACACCGGCUUCUUCUACUCGACGCCCCACCGAAAAGCCAGAGUGGUGUCUCUGUUUGAGGAUGUCGUAGCGGAGGUUGACCGCCAAAGGGAGGAAGCAUUCAAGCGAAGCGGUGAAAGACUUGGCGCAGACCAGCCAAUAUUCUGGCAGGUGAUCCAGAAGUUGCGCAGCUCUGGGGGCCAACCAGGUCCUGGCGGAUUCAAAUGUGUCAGGCUAUGCAAGCACAAUCCCACCUGUGUCGCCCAGCCCGAAGAGACUCUGGACUAUUGUUCCCUGGAUCCCUUCGUGCACCCAACAGGCUGGGACCAGCCACCCAAGACUUUGGUAACUUAUCACGCCAACUAUGCUGCCAAUGAGGCGAAAAUCGACAAAUUACAAAAGGCAGGUGUCUGGGACGCAUGGUCCCCAACCACAAAAACCUGCACUGCCAAAGAUCCGGCCAAUGAUUUGAUGCAAGUUAGUUCCGCGGACGAGAGCCGGGUCUUGGAAGUGGUGCGGAAGCGGGCGGGCUUAUACGCUGACAAGGGGGCGCACCCCGAAUUCGCCAAUGUGGUGCUGCUUACCGCAGCCAACUAUGCAUACUUCGCCAUCUACCAGAACUGGCGAUGCAACGCGGAGAGACAUGGAUUGGAUUGGGCAGUUGUUGCCAACGACGAGGAGGCCUUUCAACAACUUGGCGCGGACAGAGCCCUGCUCGCGAUCGGCGAGAAGGUAAGUGGCAUGAACGGGUGGGGAAGUGCAAAGUUAGACAGCGUGGGCCGGAACAAGAUGUUCAUGGUGCUCACGAUUAUGAGAAUUUCAGGUUUAGGAGUAGUGUUCACCGAUGCAGACAAUAUGUUUCGUGGUGAUCCCUUUGCAACGGGUGUGCAUUUGGGAGAUCUGAUCCGCUCUGAGAAAUACGACUACGUCUACCAGGAGGAGCUUGCCAAGGCACCCGACAAGGGCCACAUCGUACCUGGAGAUGGGGGCAACACCGGCUUCUUCUACUCCACUCCGCGGCACAACAAGAAAGUUGUAGCAUUCUUCGCUGCAGUCGUCGCAGAAGUCGAUCGGCAGCGCGAGGAAUCUUACCGGAAGCAUGGAGAACGUUUAGGAGCAGACCAGCCAAUCUUUUGGCAGGUCGUCCAGCUUCUGCGUUCGACAGGUGGCAAAGUUGGACCGGGGGGAUUCAAAUGUGUGAAGCUGUGCCAGCAGAACCCGACCUGCCAAGCUCCCUUGGAAGACACUCUGCAGUACUGCUCAAUGAAUGCCUUCAUGCACCCCACUGGCUGGGAGGAACCGCCGCCAGAGCGUGUUACCUACCACGCAAACUACGCUGCCAACAACGACAAGAUCGCAAAGCUGGAGAAAGCCGGGCUCUGGGGUGCUUGGUCGGAGAAAGCUGGGCGUUGCCACGCUGCCAAUCCUUCAACUCAGCUGGCAUCACCUUUGCAACCGCGAUCUGCUCCUGACGUGUCCCCAGCGAUAGACUGCCUGCGGCGCACUACACCCUCACUUCAAGAACUGCAAUAUCCCAGCGACGCAGAGUCUCACUUCCAGGAGAUACGACAGGCACUGGGACAAUGGUUUGACUUCGCGGCGAAGAAGUUCAUGGCAGACAUGAAGAAUCCCUACCACUGUGGUGAAGGCUACUGCGGGCCGUGGAUCGAAAAUCGUUGGAUUUCGCACUUUCUUGAAGGUUGGGACAAGCGGCAAACAGGCAUGCAAUUGUCCGACAUGUUCGGGCCGUACAUUCCUAUCUUCAUGACCUAUGUGGACUUGUGGGUUGCGAACGUCUUCGAGUACGAAGCGAUGAUAGCAAAGCUGAAGGAGGUGGUGAGGCCGAGUGUCGCCUACAUCACGGUGGUGCAGCAUGAUACUGGCAUGGUAUCCAGCAGAGACAAGAUUGUCAACCUCAUGAAGGAGAUUCCAAAUGUCCUCGUGUUGAGUGCGGGUGGCUAUGGCCACGUUCCGAUUCCACUCUUCAAGCAGCCAGAGGAGCUGCUCAGCAAGCGCUUCUUCAAGAGUAUGGCAAGCAGAGAGCUGCUGACAUCAUACAUGGGUUCGGACACGAACGCACCCAAGGACAUGCGGAAGAAAAUGAUCAAGUUGGUCAACAAAGAAGCAGAGCGCAUGGGUGUGAAGGUGAAGACCGGCUUCGGCAGCGCUGACGAGUGGCACCAGACCGCCGGCAACUCCAAGGUCAGCCUUUGCCCGCGAGGCUACGGUCGGACGGCCUUCCAUCUCUUCGAAAUCUUACAGCUUGGGCUCAUCCCGAUCCACGUUUAUCUCGACAUUCCGUGGAUACCCUACACAGACCUGUACACUAGCAUCGGCUUCUCCACAGACGUGAAGGGACUUCCCGAUGUCAUGAAGACCGUGCAGGGUAUGAGUGCUGAGAAGCUUGAGAGCAUGGAGGCGAAGAUUCGAUCAUUGAGGUCAAGCCACUUCACUGACGAAGGACUGCUGGCUCAAAUAUCGCUGUUCAUGACCACUGCAGCGGGUGAUCUGAGAUGCCAGAAGCUUCCAAGCACUCUCAACGGAUGA